AUGAUCAACGAUAUUGGUAACGAGUCCAACCAUCACAACGACUAUGCUGCCAGAAACGGCACGCAUACCAACGGCAAUGGUGUGCACACCAGCCAAAGCACAACUAGUGAUGGCCAUUCCAACUCACCUUCGGCUGAGCCCAUCGCCAUUUGCGGCAUGUCAGUCCGUCUUCCAGGCGGCCUUCAUACACCACAAGAGCUUUGGAAAUUCUUAGUCGACAAAGGCGAUGCUCGAGGACCAGUCCCUAAGUCAAGAUACAAUGCCUCCGCGUACUAUUCCGAAACCAUGAAGCCAGGAACGGUCAAGACCGAGUAUGGCUAUUUCCUUAAUGAGAGUAUCGACAUAGCCAGCGUCGACACCUCCUUCUUCACCAUGCGCAAGGCUGAAGUUGAACGUGCCGAUCCGCAGCAGCGCCAAAUGCUAGAGGUUGCUAGAGAGUGUCUUGAGGAUGCGGGCGAAUACGACUGGAAGGGAAGACCAAUUGGCUGCUUUAUGGGCAGUUUUGGAGAGGAUUGGGUCGAGAUGUUUGCCAAAGAGGCUCAGCAGUAUGGUCUUUACCGAGUUAUGGGCUACGGUGAUUUCAUGCUGUCUAAUCGAGUCUCUUAUGAGCUAGAUCUUAUGGGUCCAAGCCAAGUCGUCCGUACUGGAUGCUCAGCAGCUUUAGUUGCGCUCCACGAGGCAUGUCUUGCGUUGUCGCGAGGGGACUGUGAAGGUGCCAUUGUCGGCGGCGCUAACCUCAUAAUGGCGCCUGGCAUGACAGUCGCGAUGACUGAGCAGGGUGUUCUGUCACCUGACGGCUCGUGCAAAACAUUCUCUGCUGAUGCCAAUGGGUACGCCCGAGGAGAAGCAAUAUCUGCCGUUUUUGUCAAGCCUCUUAGUGCUGCCAUCCGCGAUGGAAAUCCCAUUCGAGCCGUUAUCCGAUCAACAGCUUCGAACAGUGACGGCAGAGGUACGGCGGGUGGUAUUCAGGUGCCGAAUGACGUGGCGCAGGAGGCUUUGAUCAGAAGGGCAUACAAGACAGCGGGCAUUAGCGACUUUUCACAGACAGCCUUCGUCGAGUGCCAUGGAACAGGAACCGCUAUCGGAGACCCCAUCGAGACAAAGGCCGUUGGGCGCGUAUUUGGUCCUUCUGGAGGCGUGUACAUUGGCUCUGUCAAGCCCAAUCUCGGUCACUCUGAAGGUGCUUCAGGUCUUACGUCACUGAUCAAAGCGGUCCUGGCUCUCGAAAAUCGCACUAUCCCUCCAAACAUCAAGUUCAACAACCCAAAUCCUGAUAUCCCUUGGUACUCAAGCAGCCUGUCUGUUCCGACAGAGCCUGUGCCAUGGCCAGCGACCAAGCAUGAGCGCAUUAGCGUCAACUCGUUUGGAAUCGGCGGUACCAACGCUCAUGUCAUUCUCGACUCGGCCGACAGCUUCAAAUUAAAUCCUCCUGCGAAGCGCGACAUCACCUCACCCCGACUACUGGUGUUUUCGGCGAACGCGGCCGAUUCCUUGCAGAGGAUGAUAAUCAAUUACCAAGAAUAUGCCGAGAAGAAUCCGGAGAGAGUGAAUGAUCUCGCUUUUACUUUAGGACAUAAGCGCGAGCAUUUGCCACACAGAGCUUUUGCUGUGGCCAGUCCUCUUGGCUCUCUCACAAUCUCCCCACUCAGCAAGGCCGGAAACAAGCCCAACAUUGUCAUGGUCUUUACUGGCCAAGGAGCCCAAUGGCCUCAAAUGGGCAGAGCCUUGAUCCAUAGCUCCGACUUUCCCAUCUUCAGACAGACCAUCGAAGCCUUGGAUUCACAUCUUCAGUUUUUAAAAGACGCCCCCCAAUGGACUAUUAUGGACGAGCUUCAAAAGUCACCCAAAGACAGUAGACUCGGUUCGGCCGAACUGUCGCAACCCCUCUGCACAGCAUUACAAAUUGCUUUGGUAGACACCCUCGAUUCAAUUGGUGUACGGCCUGAAGGUGUGGUAGGCCAUUCCAGUGGUGAGGUCGCGGGUGCUUACGCUGCUGGGGCAAUCACUGCAAGGGAAGCUAUUAUAAUCGCCUUUUACCGUGGUCUUGUCACGAAACGCCAGACAAAGCCUGGAUCUAUGGCUGCAAUUGGUAUGGGUGCUGAAGAUGUUGAACAGUAUUUACAAUCGGGAGUUGUUAUUGCCUGCGAGAAUUCCCCGAAGAGCAUCACAAUUGCCGGCGACACCGAUGCGGUAGAGGCGACGGUCGAUGUAGUAAAGGCGUCGAGGCCAGGUGUUUUGGCACGACUUCUUCAAGUCGAUAUGGCAUAUCACUCUCAUCAUAUGAAAGAGAUUGGGGGUGACUAUCAUAGUCUGAUGGAAGACAAAAUAUCACCCAAGAAGCCCACCAAGGUGUUUCUCAGCAGUGUCACUGGUCAAUCGCUCACCGAUGCCUCUGACUUUGGUCCACACUAUUGGCAGAGGAACAUGGAGUCCAGAGUGCUCUUCAGCCCUGCCGUCUCAGCGAUCAUCAAGCAACAAAACAUCAAGAACCCAGUGUUCCUGGAGAUUGGGCCCCACCCCGCCCUGGCCGGUCCUCUGCGACAGAUUCAGAGCAAGCACUCCACUUCAUCGCCCUAUUUCUCUGUUCUGACUCGCAAUCAGAAUGAUGAACAAUGCUUCCUCACAUCUGUUGGCACUCUCUUUACCCUCAACGCUCGUGUCGAUUUGACCAAGGCCAUUCCCAAGGGUAGUGUGUUGCCGGACCUACCAAGAUACCCGUGGAAUCAUUCCGAACGACACUGGUAUGAGUCGAGGCUGACUAAAGAAUGGCGAGAGCGCGAGUUUAAAUAUCACGAUCUACUUGGUAUUCGUGUCCCGGAAAGCACCGACUCAAAUGUCCUUUUCCGUAACUUGUUCCACCUUAACAAUGUGCCAUGGAUUCGAGAUCACAUGGUAGGAGAGGAUAUCAUCUUCCCAUUUGCUGGUUAUGCUGGUAUGAUUGGUGAAGCCGUACGACAGCUGACCCACGUCAAUGAAGCGUUCAAAAUGCGAGCCGUCAGAGUUAGCACAGCUUUGGUCCUCGCUGAGGGCAAGCCUGUUGAGAUGAUGACAACCCUCCGUCGAAAGCAGUUGACUGACUCCCUUGACAGUGACUGGUGGGAGUUUACAAUUACUUCAUAUAACGGUGCAUGUUGGACCAAGCAUUGUUCUGGUGAAGCGACGUCUCAUAGCGAGAGCAGUGGGGAUACAGCUGAUCGGGAACAAUUCCUACGCAAAGUCGAUACUAGUCGUUGUUACGAAUCUAUGGCCAGGUCAGGUUUACGAUUUGGACCAGAGUUUCAACGACUCAACGACAUUCGAGCCGAUACCCUUGAUCAAAGGGCACAGUCAAAGGCAAUUGGGAGGUCUGGGGACGAUAUCAACUAUCACCUUCAUCCGACAAUUAUUGAUUCUUCCCUGCAGCUUCUUAGUGUAGCUGUUUCGCGAGGAUUCGCCGAACGAUUUGACAAAACCAUGGUUCCUACCAACAUUGAUGAGAUGUGCAUUUAUCGCGCUGCCACCGGAGACUUUGACGUCCGAGCGGACGCGUCUUAUACUGCUACUGGAUCUGUUCUUGGUGGGGGCCACAUUGUCGACUCUCAAGGCCAGCUUGUCCUUCAAAGCCAAGGUAUCAGGCUUACUACUGUUGGAGAACAAAGUGGAGGGGGGUCUGAUGAGCCGACCGCACGAUCCGAGUGGGCUCCUCACAUUGACUUUCUGGACACAGAGAGCCUCAUCAAACCUUCCAUUGAUCAUGGACAGCAUAUGCCGGAUCUUACAGCCUUGUACCAAAUGUGCAUGGUGCAUAGCAAGCGCAAGCUCGCAAAUCUCGACACCACCAUUGAGCACAUGCACAAAUACCAAGCAUGGAUCGAGCGGCAGAUUCAAAUUGAGGGUUUAGAAUCUCUAGAAUGUCUUGCCGACAAAGAGAUUGAGUCAAGGAUUGGCGACUUGUUGUCAAAGCUAAACCAGUCGUCGGGCAAAGAUGCUGCUAUCGCCAUUGAGAAGGUGUUUGCCAACGCUUCCAACAUCUUUACCGGCGAGAAAGAGGCUCUUGACGUCCUUUUAUCCGACCAGACCUUGAGCAAGCUCUAUACUUUUAUGGAUCAAUGCGACGAGUCGGAGUUUGUCAAACAUCUUACUCACAGCAAGCCCAAUCUAAGAGUUCUGGAAAUUGGUGGUGGAACCGGCGGCUCAACUGCUCAACAGUUGAAGUACCUAACACCGCCAGGGAAGGUGUUUUACUCGAACUACACAUUCACGGAUAUUUCAUCUGGCUUCUUCGUAAAUGCUAAGGAGCGGUUCAAGAACUACCCAAACAUGGAAUUUGCGACGUUGGAUAUCAGUCGAGACCCCUUCGAGCAGGGUUUCGACGGUCGAGAAUAUGACCUUAUCCUGGCUACCAACGUCAUUCAUGCAACCCGGUCACUCAACGAAACAUUGAGAAACGUACGCAAGCUUCUAAGUCGUGAUGGAAGAUUCGUACUCCAUGAGUUGACACCAACUUCAAAAUGGAUCAAUUACAUCUUUGGCACACUAGCAGGAUGGUGGUAUGGUGAGGAGGAUGGCCGAUCGCAAGAGCCAUACAUCAGCAGAGAUCGAUGGGCGGAGGAGUUACAGGCUGCUGGCUUCAAGGCUCCAGAUGCAGCAGUUCUAGACUCAGCGGACCCGCAUCAACUGAAUGCCAUGAUCAUCUCCAGACCAGCUAUUGAAACGUCUCUGGAUAUAAACGUGGAGCUCUGGACCCUUUCAAGCGCGGAGAGUGAGGUUGAAAGGAAACUGCGCCAAAGCUUAGAGCAGAGAGGAUAUACCAUCUAUCGAAGAGGAAUAUUCGACAGCGCCACACCUACCGGACACAGCAUCAUCGCGUUGUUGGAUGAAGACGAACCAUUCUUUGAGAACAUGACCGAGGAAAAGCUUGAUUCUUUCAAGUCCUUGACAACCAACCUUGGAAACAGUGGUCUCCUUUGGGUUACACAUCUCUCCCAAAUACAGUGCUCGGAUCCUGGGUUCGGACAGGUGCUGGGUGCAGCCCGGGCUCUUCGUUCUGAAAUGCUCCUCAAUUUCGGCAUCUGUGAAGUCGACAACAUGGUGGAGUCAUGCGACAAGAUCAUAGACGUUUUCGAGAGAUUCCAACAGCAGCAAGAGGACGAGACUCUGAAACCUGACUACGAAUAUGCUAUUGUGGACAAUACCGUUCAUGUCAGCCGCAUACAUCCCUUUUCCGCCCAGGAGAGUCUCUUAAUUCCUGACCAAGACGAACCAGUGGCGCUGCGGACGAGCAAACCUGGUAGAUUGGACGCUUUGCAUUGGGCCAGUUACCAAACGCCCGCACUAGAAGGGGACGACGUUGAAGUUCAGGUCCAAGCUGCAGGUCUAAACUUCAAGGACAUUCUCUGUGCCAUGGGUAUCGUUGAAGGUGACAAUGGCUUCGGUCUCGAAGGUGCUGGCAUUGUUAAUCGCAUCGGGCCCAAUGUCAAGGGACUCCAGCCCGGAGAUCGUGUUCUUUUCAUCGCACACGAUUCCUUUGCUACUCAUGUUGCCAUGUCCGAGAAUCUUUGCGAGAAGAUCCCUGAUGAUCUCUCAUUCGAAGAUGCAGCAACCAUACCUUGUGUGUUUGCCACGUCAUACUACUCAAUUUUUAACAUGGGAAACCUCAAGAAAGGACAGUCUAUACUGAUUCACAGUGCCUGUGGUGGUGUUGGCAUCGCUACUAUCCAGUUGGGCCAGAUGGCAGGCGCAAAGAUCUAUGCCACUGUUAGCAGUGAGGAAAAGAUCAGGUAUCUCGCAGACAACUUUGGUCUUGAUCGGUCUCGCAUAUUUAACUCUCGCAACGAGUCGUUUGUCGACGACCUCAUGAAUAAUACUAACGGCGAAGGUGUUGAUUUGGCGCUCAAUUCACUCUCUGGGGAGCUUCUACAUGCGACCUGGAAGUGUAUCGCGCCAUUUGGUAGGAUGCUCGAAAUUGGUAAGCGAGAUUUGAUCGGGUCUGGCAAACUUGAUAUGAGCGUAUUUUUGGACAACCGCACCUACGCGUGUAUCGACCUUGAUCAGCUUUGUAUCAAGCGAAAGAAGAUUGCAAAAGAGCUACUGAGAGAUAUUAUCAGCCUUUACAAAGAAGGUCACAUCAGCCCAAUCAGACCUAUUAAAGUUUAUCGCCCGCAGGAUAUACUUGAUAGUUUCAGAUACAUGCAGCAGGGCGUUCAUCUUGGCAAGAUUGUGGUCUCUAUGAACACGGAAUCUGGUCCGCGCCUGGACGCCAAACUCCGAAAGCAACCUAUACGUCUCGAUAGCUCAGGUGCCUACCUUCUUGUUGGUGGACUCGGAGGCUUGGGACGAUCAAUCUCGCGAUGGUUGGUUCAGCGAGGAGCCCGUAAUCUGAUUUAUCUUUCCCGUAGCGCAGGGACUAGCGUACGUCAUACAGAUCUACAGCAAGAACUCGAAAGUCUUGGAUGCACAGUUAGCUUUGUCCAAGGAAGCAUCACCAGCGUUGGUGAUGUGAACACGGCGAUCGCUAGGGCCAACGGGAGUCUCAAGGGAGUGUUGCAGAUGUCUAUGGUCCUUGCCGACCAGGGCUUCCCGAGAAUGACAAUAGAUGAGUGGAACACCGCCGUCGACCCAAAGGUCAAGGGAACGUGGAAUCUUCACAAUGCCACGCUCAAGGCCAAAGCAGACCUUGACUUUUUUAUCCUCUUCAGCUCUCUAUCUGGCGUGGUGGGACAGCCUGGACAAGUUAACUAUGCCGGGGCCAAUACCUUUCUUGACGCCUUUGCCAAUUACCGAAGGGGCUUGGGUUUGCCAGCCUGCUCAAUCGAUAUCGGGGCAGUGGAAGAGGUCGGGUAUCUGGCUGAAAAUCAGUCCAUCAUGCAAAAGCUGCGAGUCACCGGUUUCAAUGGCAGUGUAUCAGAACACGAGUUUCUCGAUGCAUUGGAGGCGGCGAUGGCCAAGACUUCAGACAACUUCUGUCUUGGCUUUCGUCCUGAGGUGUCACUCAGUGACCCAGCCAACCGUUCUCUCUGGAAGAAAGACGUUCGCAUGGCAGUCUAUCACAAUAACGGAGGAGUCACUAAAGCUUCGACGGGUUCAACCAAUGACGAGCUUAAAUCAUUCAUUACAAAAGCCAAGCAAGAUCCCACCAUCCUCAAACAGCCCGAAUCGUCUCGCUUGCUUGCGCAGGAGAUUGGAAAGAAGGUAUUUGGUCUCCUGCUAAAACCUGUUGAGGACCUGCAAACAUCCUCAUCUCUGUCAGAGUUGGGCAUGGAUUCUCUGGUAGCGAUCGAGGUCCGGCAAUGGUGGAAAACCGUUUUCCAAUUCGACAUUAGUGUACUUGAGAUGAUGGCUAUGGGAAGUCUUGAUAUGCUGGGAGAGCAUGCUACUAGGGGCCUGUUCCAAGUUUUAGGAGGGAAGCAGGCUAAUUGA